AACUCUCACUCCCCUCCCAGCUUAUAGGGCUGGCAGAAGGGGUCACUGCAUUUAAAGAGAGCAGGAGCCCCUCCUGUCCAAACUCUUUGAGACCCAAGAAAAGGAGGAGAAAAUUCAACUGACUCUGGUGAACCCUUCAGACAAGGAUGCCGAACUGGGGAGGAGGAGCCAAGUGUGGGGCCUGUGAAAAGACAGUGUACCACGCUGAGGAAAUCCAGUGCAAUGGAAGGAGCUUCCACAAGUCCUGCUUCCUAUGCAUGGCUUGCAGGAAGGCUCUGGACAGCACCACAGUAGCAGCUCACGAAUCUGAAAUCUACUGCAAAACCUGUUAUGGGAGAAAAUACGGCCCCAAAGGGGUUGGCUUUGGGCAGGGGGCUGGAUGCCUCAGCACUGACACUGGAGACCACCUGGGCUUGAACCUGCAGCAGGGGUCACCAAAGCCUGCUCGCCCCUCAACACCAACUAAUGCUUCAAAGUUUGCCAAAAAGAUGGUAGAUGUGGAUAAAUGUCCCCGUUGUGGCAAAUCAGUGUAUGCUGCAGAAAAGAUCAUGGGAGGAGGAAAGCCUUGGCACAAGACCUGCUUCCGCUGCGCCAUCUGUGGGAAGAGUUUGGAAUCCACCAACGUCACGGACAAGGAUGGAGAGCUCUAUUGUAAAGUUUGCUAUGCAAAAAACUUCGGUCCCAAGGGAAUUGGGUUUGGUGGCCUCACUCAAGUGGAAAAGAAAGAGUGUGAAUGAGAAGAAAUGGAUGCAACAGACUCAAACUGCUGUUGAUGACACCAAGUGAUAGCUGUCAAGUAAAACAUUAACACAUAAUACUAAGUACUUAGGGCAUUCGAUUAAGAUUUUCCUCCUUGCAGGAAAAAAAUUGUGAGUUGUAUCUUAAGAAAUUCUUAGAGUAGAUUAAAAAGGUACAAUGAUAACACUAGACUCGUGUUUGUGUUUAGUACAUAAAGACAAGGAACAUUAUUGCUUCUUAAACUAUUACUUGUCACAUUU